AUGGGUAUUCCGCGUCUGCUUGUUGUGGGGCCGAGAGGAGAGCAGAUCACCUGGCUGUCUGCGGAGCAUACGGGUGCAGCAGCUCUGAAGGAUUGGGACUUUCAUACAAACCAGUGGCCCCGCACCAGCAGCAGCAGCAGCAGCAGCAGCAGCAGUGAUGAUGCUGCAGCAGCAGCAGCAGAUAGGCAGCAGCAGCAACACACAUAUGCUGAUCCACCUUCCUGGCCAUUUACACCAGAGGCUGCAGCAGCAUUCUUGCAGCAGAAGCAGAAACACCAGUGA